UGAUGAUAAUGAUGACGAUGAUGAUGAUGAUAAUGACAACGACGAAGAUAAAGAAGAUAAUAAAAAAUUGAACAAAGCUCUGAAGAAAAUCCUGGACAAAGGUAAAGGUCCAACCACAACCCAGGAGGCCGAAGAGGAGCUCACGUGAGAUCGAAGUGUGACGGGCUUUGGUGUUGCGCGAAAGACAGAAACUAUACGAAUGAUAUUCUAAAAGCAGUAGAGAAAUAUAUACCAAUAGAUCGAUUGGUAUUGACCAUAACAACGUAAUUUAGAUGAAACUUGGCUGUUCACUCACUAUUCACGGCGACGGCUGUUUCUACAUCGGGAUGGGAGGUAAAAGCGCGAAACCCAAGAUUCCCUCCUAUGAGCCCUACCAGUGCUGUCCCACCAAGCUCGCCCACGGCACCAAGGUCGCCAAGGUCACCAAAAUCAGCCCGAUUACCAAGGACAAGAGCAAAUUUCAAGGUACAGGCAAAACGGAUAAGCCAUUACUGCCGGCUUUGAAACCGAUAAACAAGCUCACGGCCAAGGACAGCAAAAAAACAGCGACGAUAUCAUCGAAAGUCGACCACGACGCGAAGGAAUCCAAGUCCAAGGCCAAAAGGGGAUUUUUCGGAAGCGUUGUGGCUGGAUUACCGUAUCUCAUGAAGGUCUAAAUGGCCGACACGCACAACGGCGUCUGGACGCGCGAGGUCGGGCUGUGAACACGGCGAUUAGGAUGAAUGAAGAAAGAGCUGACUCGCAGGACGAUGGUCGAACGAAGGAAAAAUUUCGCGCGACAGAAAAAUCCGCGCAAUGACGAAAGAAGCCAGGUGCUCUAUGCUAUCGUGUGCUAACAAGCGAGAUAAGUGUCGCUGUUGAGCGAGUAAAGAUUUCAUGUUUCUUAAAGGAACGAAAAAAUGUCUCUCGUUUACCAUUUAACACAUUGUUGUCGUCGUCUUAUCAAUUAUCAGCAAUAUUAUUCCAUCAUCAUGUUUUGACGUCAAAUUCUCGUUAUUAUUGUGUUAUCAUCGUCAGCGUCAUCGUCAUCAGUGCCCACAAUGUCAUUUUCAUCGCUAGAUAGUCAUCAACGACGUCGUCAUCUUUCUUCUCGAUGUGUUCCGUGUGUCAUGCGCAGAGAAAAAAUUAACAAACAUCCGCGAGCGAUUUUAACGUUUGUGUUAAUGUUACGUAUGUAAGGAGCCUAGAUAUAAACGCAUCCUACGAUCGAUAAAGGGAACGUUAUAGAGAAAUAAUUCGCAUCGGCUGUGCGUAUACGAUAAUUGAAGAUAUAUUCGAGAAGAGGAAUAUUCGAUAUAGGUAGUAGAUGUCGAUCAACCCGGUGUCUGCCGAUGGUUACGCGAUAAACAGAAUUAUUCUCGAAACGUAUGCAUUUCUUGUAUAGAAUCUUGAUCCUUAACAACCGACCGUCGUCUAACGCUGAAUAUUGUUUAUCGGUUUUUGUUUUACUUGUUAACCCGUUAACGUCACGAAGAGCGAUACCGCCGAUUUGUUGCAUUUCAUCGAUGACAUUCGCACGCAGUAAUAGGUAGGACUUUGUAGAAUAGGGAAAAGGAGGUUGUAUAAACAGUACGCUGUUGCCGAGACUAUCGAUAGUGUUCUACCUAGACAAUGCGGUACACGCUCUAGCGUUUAAUUUAACAUGAGAGAGAGAUUAAUCGUUUGUAACUAAAACCUUUCAUUCUAGAGCCUCCGUUUUAUCGACCUCUGUAUGCUUUCUCUUCUAUCCCAAUAAAACCUACUGAUCCUCGGGAGCUAACUUUCCUCUUCGACAUAUUAUAUUUAUAAGACUCAAAGAGAUCUCAAGAAUGAAAUGGCGCUCAGGCCCAGAGUUAGCGCGAAGCUACGAACGAAUGUCUUGCCUAUGGUUUUAUUUAUAAUGAGAUUUCUUAAUAAUACAGAGUUCCUACAGUGUGUUUAUGUCAGUCUUCUGUUUUAAAACGGGAUUUAUGUUUUAAACGGCUUUCCGUUCUAAAUGGCGAGUCGCAGAUUUCUGACGCGCUAUUAUGAAUUACUAUCAUUACACAAAUUUGAUGAUGUCAAUUGAAAAAAUUAUGAGAGUGUCAAAAUAUUCGACAAUAUUUUAUUACUAAAAUUGUCAUCAAUAUCGCAAUCUCAUCCUUGAAAUUUCGGAACUUUCCGAAUUAAAAUAACGAAAAAAGAAUGCAUCAUACAUACAAAUAAGAAUUUACAAAUUACAAAUAUAAUUGUAUGUAUCGUGUGUAAAAUAUUACUUUUAAUCCCGACAUGAAUAUGUUCUGCUCUUCCUUUGCGAUACGUUGAAAUUCGACACGUGUCUUGUUACAUCCGUAUCUUGUUACAUCUCUAAUGUCUUAUCUUAGCUUCAUGCUGGUUGCAUGAACCAAUACAAAACGAAGAACCGCGAUUAAAUCGCGUUAAAAGAACUAUGAUAUUAAGACACCUAUUUAUUUAUUUAUUUAUUUAUUUGUAAAUAAAAUACUUCUUGUCUUAUGUGUUCGCUGUUUUGUCGCUCAAUGUCCGAUAAUCUGCGCAAGAUAUAAACACGUUAUCACGUAAUUGUCAAAUUACAGGCGAGAUUCGCGUAAUAAUAUUGUAUCGCGAUCUAAGAGCGUAAAGUCAAUCAUUUUAGGUAUUUUAGAAGAAUUCGUCGCGUCAUCAACGAACGAAGCUUUCUGUCGCACUGUAUCUGUGAUCACAAUUAUCAGACGUCAUGAAUUAUUGCUCGUGAACGUUGCGUGCGAGCCAAUAAGUCCUUGUUAUUCGCAUAAGAGCAGCAUGUACGAUAAUAAAAAAAGUCAAUUAUACGAUAACAAUAAAUACAUUUCCUAAUA